UUAACAUUAAUUUUAAUGUUAAAAACAAGUGUUUGAAAAUAAACAUAAUAUCAGAUAUUAAUUAUAAGCAUCCAGAUGCACUGCAGGCCGGAUGUGAUGUAGCAUCGAUGUGCGCAUGCGCAUUCCCACAGGGUAGGACGGAUCGACGGGCAGCAGCGCUGGACACCUCGGGUUAAAUCCCUGUUCCGGACAGCAGGGGGCAGCAGCCGUCCCUCGGUCCUCCAGCUGCCGGAAGUGCAACGGUAGCGAGUGUUUCCGGUGGUAGGAGUGUGUUUUGCAGCGGGUCAGCUCGGUUCGGUCCAUCAGGUCGUUCAGGUUCGAGUCCAGCCUCCCCCCCCCCGGCCCUCGGUCCCGGUCCAUGCCCGCCUCUGCGCUCUGAUCCGCGGUUCUCUCUCGGUCCUUGUUCCUCAUGGCCUCCAGAAGGCCGGACAGUUUCGACGGGUACGGGUUCCGGAGCGACCAGCACGGAGCCGGAUACCCGGCCCGGAGCUCCGGGACCACCACCGGGCUCUCCGGGGAGCUGCAGCACCACCAGUGGGUCACCAGCCCGCCGGACAUCCCGGGCAGCCGGAACCUCCACCCCGGGGAGCGGACGCCGCUGUACGAGGAGGCCGAGCCGGGGUCCCGCUGGGAGGUCCCGCAUGCCGCGGGCGUUCCUCCAGCUGAACCGGUUCGCUGGGUUCGGGAUCGGAUUGGUCAGGUCAGAGUUCAUCUGCUUCCACUGGUCGCUGUUUUUAGUCCAGAGUGAGAGUCCUGUCCGUAGACCAGCUGCGGUGGCCCACAGGUUCUGGUUCUGAUGGUUCUGUAGGUCCAUCAGAACAUUCAGUCUGUAUUUACCCGGACCCCUCAGAUCUGGUUCUGGUCCAGAACCAGACCCAGACCCGAGGAGCUGGACCCCUGACCCGGUGUGUCUGUCUCAGCAGUCUGGUUCUGGAUCAGAACCGGACUCUGGUUCUG